AGGAAGUUGAAGAGGGAGAAGGUGACAGUAAAUGAGGGGGAGGUAGAGCUGUCCGUAGCUUACCAGGGGUUGGGGAAAUAGACGCGCCCCAGGCAACGGACAGGGGAGUAAGUGUGACAAGUGGACUAUCUGGUGACAAGAGACAGCGCGACAGGAAAAGGCGAGGCAAAGAGAGGUCACCGAAGUUGGAUCAAGUUUACUAAGUGGCUUUGGUGGUUUCCCUCUAAGUGGUCUGACCUUCACGGGAGGGAUUUUAAGUGUCCCUUGGGCAGAAUCAAAGCGUGCGCCAUGGCGUCACGCAUUGGCCUGCGGAUGCAGCUCAUGCGAGAGCAAGUACAACAAGAGGAACAACGGGAGCGCAUGCAGCAGGAGGCAAUGAUGCAUUACAUGCAGCAGCAGCAGCAAAUGCCAAUGACUCCAACCCCUGCCAUCAACACACCAGUUAAUUUCCAGUCCCCACCCUCUGUGCCUGGAGAAGUCUUAAAGGUUCAGUCCUUCCUGGAGAACCCUACCACGUAUCACCUGCAAAGGUCACGAGACAAGAAGGUCCAAGAAUACUUGUCAGAAACCUAUGGGAACAAGUUUGCUCCUCUGCUCCGUGCUCCAUCUCCCAAGCCUCCCCCUUCAGUCUCACCUGGCAUCCGGCCAAGCCAUGUCAUGUCCUCUUCUACAGGAAACAGCACCCCAAACAGUCCAAUGGCCAUGCUUAACAUUGGCUCUAACCCGGAGAGGGAGAUAGAUGAUGUUAUUGAAGACAUCAUGCAGCUGACGACUACUGUGGGAUGUAUUAAUCCAGAAAUUCAUGUGCCCAAUACUCUACCUCUCUCCAGCAGCCAUAUGAAUGUGUACAGCAGUGACCCCCAGUUGACAUCAUCUCUGGUUGGCAUCACCAGCAGCUCCUGCCCUGCUGAUCUCACCCAGAAGAGAGAGCUCACAGAUGCUGAGAGUCGUGCUCUGGCAAAGGAACGUCAGAAAAAGGACAAUCAUAAUCUGAUUGAAAGAAGACGAAGGUUCAACAUUAAUGAUCGUAUUAAGGAACUGGGAAUGCUGAUCCCUAAAGCUGGAGACUUGGAUGUACGCUGGAACAAAGGGACAAUCUUGAAAGCCUCUGUGGAUUACAUCAGAAGGAUGCAGAAAGAUCUUCAGAGGUCACGAGAUCUUGAGAAUCAUUCUCGGCGCUUGGAAAUGGCAAACAAACAACUCUGGCUCCGCAUACAAGAGCUAGAGAUGCAGGCUAGAGUCCACGGGCUGCCAGCCACUUCACCCUCUGGCAUGAAUGUGGCUGAAUUAGCUCAUCAGGUUGUAAAGCAAGAGGUCUCUGGGGAGGAGGGGACAACAACAGAGAUCCAGCAGCAGCCAGCACUACAUCCUGAUCAGGAGGCUCAGCACCAACCUUCCUAUGCUCCUCCCCGGUCCCCGUACCAUCAGCUGGACUUCACUCACAACCUGAGCUUUGAUGAGAACUCCAGAGGAUUCCAUGACACGCUGGACCCCAGCCAAAAUGUAUCCUUCCCCUCCUUGUCCAAGAAGGAGUUGGACUUGAUGUUAAUGGAAGAUACCAUGCUGCCUGUGGCGUCCAACCCCUUGUUCUCUGCUGUGUCUCCCGAGGCUUCAAAGGCUAGCAGUCGCAGAAGCAGCUUCAACAUGGAGGAUACAGACAUGCUGUGAUUGGAAAUGUCCAAAGGAGAAAAGACUAGGAGUCAAAUAUUGUUGUGAAGAUUCAUAUCUUUCUCUCUGCCUUAUCCCUGCAUAUCUUGUCAAGGAUUUGCAGGACUAAACAGAAAUGGAUCCUGAACAGGUGGCUGUUUGUGCCAGGGGGAGGGUGGGUGCCAGCCCAAGGAUCAACGCCAGCUCUGGAAUGUUAACCCUCCACAGUUUCCCUGCUGCCCCAGCUUGCCAAAAACUGAGCGGCCCUGCCUCACUUGCCAUGGCCACAGGACAAUCAUGGUCUUGCAGUCCUAUUUCAGCCUCUGUGAUUCCUGCAGGUGCAUCUCAGGUGCCUUCAUGCCACAUGCCCUGCAAAACCUCCAUGAGUGUUUUGUCAACAGUGUAAUCUUGGUGUUGAUGAUGAUCAGACAAAAGCUUGUUCUCUUUGAAAAGCAGCUUUAACUGAGUAUUGAUGCUAAUGUAUUCUCACAAACCAAUGUGUCUCUGAAGGAUCUCUGUGCCCUUUGCUCUCCCCCCACCUCCUCAGAUGCUGUCUCCAGGCAGUUGACAGCAAUAGUUUGCUUACACUCCUGGGCCUCCUUUCCUCAAUAGGGCAGAGAUAUCCAGUACACUCUGCAAGAGGGGGAGUGUGGUGCUACUGGCUAAUGGUAUAUGAUAAAUUGCUUUGUAUCAGUCCUAUGGUGUGAUGAAGUGAAAGUAUUAGAACUCUCACAAAAUAUCUCCAAAGUUAGAUGUUCAACUGGGGUGCAACAAUCUUAAUUAAAUUAUUUGCUGGCUUUCAAAAUGCACGCCCCAUUAAAGUAUGUUUCAGACUCCUGGUCAGAGCUCAGGUUUUUAAGGUCUGAUUUUGGAUUUGACCCCUCUUUUGCUUUGUCUGCUUGCCUACAAUGCAAGGCAGCCACAUGUGUAUGUGAGGGUGUACACCUAAAGGCUUUUUGGUUGUUGUUGUUUUUUGCUGGAGCAAUUUGCCAAGCAAGAAUUGUCAAACUGCUUUUUAAAAAAUUUAAAAUUAAGAUUGGCAGCUGUAAAACA